GUGAAACUACAGAACUGAGAGAAUGGCUUCCAGAGGAAAUUCUGUAGAUGAUUUGAUUUGCCCAGUCUGUUUAGAAUUCUUUAAUAAUGCUGUAACGCUGGAGUGUGGACACAACUUCUGUAAAUCUUGCAUUGAUAGUUACUGGGACAGCCAGGAAGCUUUGUGUCCCACCUGUAGAGAAAAAUGUUCAGCUAAGAAAUAUAUAACCAACAGAACACUAACAAACAUAGCAGAGAAGGCAGAGAUGUGGAACCUAGACCAGGGAAGAAAAGACCUGUACACAGCCAAGGAAAAUGACACUCUGACAGACUGGCCUUACACAGGAUCAAAUCUGCAAUGCAGAGAGCAUGGUGAAAGGUUAAGAUUUUUCUGCGAAAAGGACAAGACUCCUGUUUGUGAUAGUUGUCUUGAAACACCCAAGCAUCGUGGCCACAGCUUCACAACCCUACAAAAUGUAGUUGGAAUUUAUAAGAGCAAGUUGAAAGAUGUCUCAUUGUCACUGGAAUCCAAGAUGAAUGCCCUUUUCGACCUACAGAAAGAACAAGAACAGAAGAUUAAUGAAAUCAGAGAAAGUAGGGUUUCCUUGGAGCAGCACAUUACAUCAGAGUUUGCUGCAUUGCACCAGUUUCUUCAUGAAAAGGAACAAAGAAUCCUUCAUCAGCUCCAUGAGGAAGAAGAAGGAAUUUUGAGAAAAAUGGAAAAAAACAUGGAGGAAAUUAGAACAUGGAACAGUGAAAUCCAGGUGCAAAUAUCCGAAAAAGAACUAUGGCUGAAUAGUCAGGAUCCCCUGUUUCUUGAAACAGAAUGGAAAAAACUCUCUGCAAAACUCAGUGACAUCUGGUUUAAGGAACUAGAACUGGAAAAGAAGGUGAUCACUGGCGAAAUAAACCAUUGGGUGUAUGGAGGACCACUGCAGUACAUGGCAUGGAAAGAGAUGAAGUCUGUUGUUAACCCUGGUUUGUCACCGGUGACACUAGACAUUAACACUGCUCAGCCAUGUUUAAUUAUCUCUGAAGACCUUACUAGUGUAAGAGACAGCAAUGAAAUACAGCGGUUCACUAAUAACCCAGGAAUGUUUACACAAAUUGUCAGUGUACUGGGAUCUGAAGGCUUUAUAGCAGGAAGACAUUACUGGGAAGUGGAAGUGGGAGCAAAGACUGAUUGGAACGUGGGUGUAACAAGAGAAUCAGCCAGUAGGAGUGGUUCAGUAAUUCGCAACCCUGAGCAAGGUUACUGGAUUCUGCGUCUUGAAAAUGGAGAUGAAUACAAGGCCCUUGAAUUUGAACCCCAAGAUCUCAGUCUGCCUGUGAAACCUUGGAAGAUUGGUGUGUAUCUGAAUUAUGAAAAGGGACAGGUGUCAUUUUACAAUGCUGAUAACAUGACUCAUAUCUACACAUUCACUGACACCUUUACUGAGAAAAUGUAUCCAUUCUUCAACCCUGGACUUGAGAGAAAUGGUGUCAACGCACAACCACUAAAGAUAUGUCAUUAGGAACUGUACUUCAGAAGUUAUAUUAAAUUGUGCCAGUGAUAGAUAAUCAACCAAAAAUUAAAUAACUAAGGCAAUUUAUACUGGUGAUGUGAAUCAUCUGAGGUUGAAUUAUGUCUAUUGAAAGUUUAGUAUAUGUAAUUUUUUUUAGGGUAUGUAUCUCACUCCUGAUAAGUAAGAUACAUAGCAGCCAUUCCACUUGUUCUAAACUAUCUUAAGUUCACUUCUUAUAUAGUGGUUAUUAAAAUAUUAAGUAUAAGUAUUAUAUACAUAUGUAAGUUUUUAUGUAUAUAAAAAUGUUUUACGUAAAAAUAUUUUAUGUAUAAAUCACAAAACAUUUAAUAAUGAGCCUAAAUUGAUAGUGUUAGCCGAUAUUCAUUGAGAUUGCAGUUUAAAAUAUUGUUAGAGAAAUGGCUCAAUGUUGGUGGCCAGCACAAGGUAUCUGCAAUACAUAGUGAAUGGUAGAUAGUGGGAUACAUCUUUAAGAUAAGUGUAUGCUCAUUACUUAAAUAGUGAUUGUUAAGUAACUUGCUUCUUAUAAAAGGAAGCAGUAAUUUUAUGUUUUUUUAUGGUCUGAUGAAGUGGGAGGUAUUCCCAUAAAAUAUGGUAUCAGAAUAAUUAUGGAUUUCAAUAACAAAUUGACAUUACAGUUGAAGAAAACAUUGGUGUCACAGUGGUGCAUAUUUUUGUUAUGCAGUGUGUUGUAGCAUCAGCAAGAACUAUAAUAUAAUAUGUUUGGCACUGAAAUAAAUAGUUCCUUUAA